UCGUCACUUACUCGGAAACGUCACAAUACCCAACAACCAGAUCUGAGGCGAGCAAUUCUCCACAGCCCGAUGGAUGCAGCUGGCAGAAAUUGUAUGUCGAACCCGCAAUGAGGUCGACCCCGGGUACGUGAGCUGCGAGAGGCGGGUGUAACGGGGUAAACACGCAGACGCGGGCCAAAGCGAUGCAGUCAAAUCACAGACCCCUCGGCCAAUUGCAACCAACGAGAUGAAGAUAUGUCUUCAACGGCCACGAAAAGAUACUGCAAAGAGACUUGUCAGGUACUAUCUACACCACCAGACUACACAAGAGGCACGCGAUCCUUGGCCUAAACUACCCGUUCUCGCUCUCCUUCUUCCUCUUCAAAGGCCCUUCUUCACCGUGCGGACCCUCCACAUCAAAAGUCGCAAUCCUGGGCGUUCCAGACAAUCGCUGCUUUUUUCCCACGAUUGCCUGUUCCGGCCAAACUUUUGCAGAUCUUUCCCGCUUAACCUCCUCGAACAAGCAACUGCGAAAGCCUCCUCACCCAAAGUCCUUGUCAAGCUAAACCGCCUGAUUUUUGAUCCUUUUUGUUUCAGACCUGCAAUCCACUCUUAUUCCCUCGUUGUUUUGUCCAUAUUGAAUCUGGAACAAUGCCGCCCAGCUGCCUCUUUCGAGCUGCUUGCAGUCAAAUCGACAAGGGGGCAGUCGUAAGCCUGUCCAUGUCUCACGCCUUGUCCGGCAUUGAUAACAAAGAGAAAAAGCCACUCUGCCGGCUUGGAAGAAAAGCCCUUCUUCUUACUAACCUCUUCCAAAAACUCCACCGCAAUCCACUACCACUCGGUGGAGGCCGUUGUUGGAUCGGAAUC